AUGGCUUUGAUAUUCCUCGUUGUUCAAUGCGGUGCUUCCAUCGCUGCUGUGAACUAUGGAUAUGGCAGGCCCUUUGACCUCAUCAAUAGAGAUCAAGCUGCACAAGCCCUGAAGUGUUUCUUCCUGCUGCAAAUAUUCUAUAAGCUUACCAUCAACUGCACCAAACUGUCGAUGCUCUUCCUAUAUCUCCGCAUCUUCACCGAUCGCCUCUGGUUUGUUCGAACAUGCUGGGGACUGGUCACCUUUGUGCUUGGUGCUUGCGUCUCUUUUACCCUCGCAACGAUUCUUCAGUGUCAUCCAAUCCCACGGGCAUGGGAGCGAUGGAGAACCGAUGGCAGUUGUGUCGACAUCUAUGCCUUGUGGUAUAGCAACGCCAUCUACAACAUUCUGACCGAUUUCGUUAUUGUUUUGAUGGUGCCGCCCGUGAUAUUCAAGCUCAGGUUGCCGAUGCGGCAGAAAUUGGCUCUGACUUGUAUUUUCGGGUUGGGUAUGAUUGUUUGCGCUGCAUCAAUUUCGAGAUUGACAACGUUGUACUCUUCGGCUUAUGGCGACGACAUUACCGCCGGGUCUCUUGUGUCAACAAUUUGGACCACGAUCGAGGCCGGUCUCGGCGUCAUCUGUGCCAAUCUCCCCAUGGUGCGGACCCCCCUUCAACAUUUCUUCCCGAGACUGUUCCCUCCAAGGACUGGUACGGAUCAGAUCUCCAGUACGCUCCCAUCUCAACGAAGUGGCCCAGUCAACGGCGAAGCACUUGCAUCUCCUGCAAGAUUAAUUCCGCCGCCCGUUCCUGCGCGCAAGACAAGCCUUCCAAGUCAGACACGGGUCAACGGUAUUCUAGAUACCAGAGGGAUGUUGAAUCAGAGCAGUUUUGGCGGGGAUAUCACCACGCUACACAGCAGUCGUCGGCCACCACAUUGCCAGGACAUUGAGACUCGGGCAGGAUACCCUGAGUACUCAAGCCGUUCAGACAUUGGAAGGACAGGAGGGAGAGACGGAGACUGGUACGGACAACAGCAUCAACUUUGGGCACCGUAA